AAAGUACAAAAUGGCGGAAUCAAUUUGUUGGGAGAAAUUUACAUGAUGCACUAUGGCGACGUCUAAUUUGUGCAAUGAAUUGAUCGGAAGUGCAUAAUCGUAUUUAUUUCAAGGCAUAUUAGGUCGGAAAUCGUCGGCAUCUUCCGAGACCGUACGUUUCAUUCCGACAGUGACGUCACGGAAUUGGUAGAAAGCAACAUCCGAGCGGGAAUGAAGUUGUAAUGGCGAAAAUUCACUGUCAUUCUUUACUUUCUGGGAGCUCAUGGAGUUCCUUCGAAGAAAAUUCGCCGUUGGGGGAACCAGAAGCAAUGGAAGUGGACGAAAACAAUGGUUUGGGUUCUCCAGAAGCCACGCGAUUGCACAGAGAAGAUAUGACCCUGUUCGGGAUUUGCCCGGAGCAAGAAGACAUCAUUCUCGUCGUUUGCAAGGAAUGUGGUCGAGUUGUGAAAGCAGCGGCUUUUUUACGUCAUUGCGAACUUCAUCAUCAGAAAGUUAUACCUGUUCCUACCCCUUCUCCUCCUGAGGUGGUGACGACAUCAAGUACAAUGGUGGAGACACUUCUUCAGUCAGGCUCGAGGAAGGGAAAAGUUCACGACUCUGUUAUCACAAACCAGGACAUUGAGCUCAUGGACAUGACAGUAAAAAUAGAGGAAAUGCCUUUAAAAGUUCCAUGUAUUAAUCACAGCCGCUCUGCAACUGUUGUUAAAACGGAACCUAUUAGUAAUAAUGUCAUCUUGAAGAAAAGUUCAAGUGAAAAGCCCACAAGCAAUAAAAAGUCUCCUAGAAAACAGAUUCCUACAAGAGAACGAGAGUUUGAUGCAGACAAGCAUUGUGGAGUGUGGGUAGCUGAACACCAAAAGAGGUGUACUCGCUCACUGACUUGCAAGACACAUGCUCUUUCAUUACGACGUGCAGUACCAGGGCGACGGAAACCUUUCGAUGAGCUUCUAGCUGAGCAUAAAGCUCGGGUUAAUUGUGAAAAGGAACAGCAACAGAAUCAGGCUCUGAAACUUCAAGAGCAGGCAGCAACGCAAAAAACAUUGGAGGCAACUCUCAAAAGAUCGACAAGUACAGUGUCAGAUUCUUCUGUUACAUCCUCUACGAGCUCAAGUAAUAGGUCACAUAUUGGGAGGUCUUUGUCUGUUGAAGAUGAAAACCAUCUUGUAAGCAGAACUGUGAAAACGCCUGGUGAAGGUGACAAUGAUAAUGAUGGGAAUAGCACAACGUCAUCUGGUAUGACAACUCGAAGUCGGCAUCCUAAGCCUAUGACGUCUUGUCGUUUUGGUAGCAGAGCAGUGGGAAAAGGUUGUUAUGUUUUCAAUCGUAGAAGUGACCAUCUUCGAUGUGCGGUCCUUUCCAUGGUUGAAAGAUGCCUAAAUCCAUCACUUCCAAGGCAAAAGUCUAACAGAGCAAGUGCUGCUAUUCUUCAAAGACCAGCUAUGAAAACAGUGGGACAGUCAUCAAAUCAAGGUUUGUCUUCAGUGCUAGAUAGGUACAAGAGUCAUUCAAACAAGUCAAUGAACAAUUUCCUAANGGAUGUUCUGCCUACAGGGGUUCUUCUGCUGCACGACAAUGAAAACCCACUAAAUGUUGAUUUUUACAAUUAUUUCUUUGUUUCUAAUGAUCAAUUCUCUCAGGGUACUGGUACUGUGCAAGUUACAUCAAUGCCAAAUGGAACUGGACCCUCCCCACCCCCACAAGGAGGAACGGUCAAAGGCUACCCCCUAAAUUUUGUGAUUAAGGGUAACUCUACAACCCAGGGCAUCACUGGAGUUACUCCAUCACCUGGCAAUCUGACCAAAGGACAGAAUAUUAUUUUUAACAACCUGGGGAUGCAUCAGUCACAGUUUAUUGUUCAGCCGUCCUCAUCGAUGAGUCCAACCAUGCAUCAGAGAGGGAAAGCAGGAAAUGUCCGGACUGGAACUGUAAAUAAAGGAAUGCAAAAAGCACAGUCUCCAUCAUCUCAGGGUAAAGUUGUACAAUCACUGUCGUCUCAACAGCCAAUUACAACACAGCAACAAAAAACUGUGGUUGUGACUAGUCCACAGGGGAACCAAACCAAGGUUUUUAUUAAUCAUAACAAUAUCGCAAGUUCACAACAGCCGAUUGUACAACUCAAGCAGCAAGUUGCCCAGCAAAAACAACAAUUCCAACAGAUUACUCUUCAGAAACAGAUUCAUCAACAACAACAUCAGCAGCAGCAAUUACAACAACAACAACAACAACAGCAACAACAACAACAACAGCAUCUCCAACAACAGAAACAACAUAUCAACUCACAAUUUAUCAAACAACAACAUCCAAUACAACCCCGUUUAGCACCGGCACCACCUUCACAAUCAUUCAUCUCGCAACAACCUGGUCAGAAUAUCAUUGUUAAAGUUACGGAACCUCUAAAAAGUCCACCCAAUGCAGUGUUUGUGACAACGGAACCUCGACAAAACAUGCAGCACACAGUCUGCCAGAAACCACAGUCUAACGUUGUGCACUGUGUUUAUAUAUUCUGCCUUUUCUUAGGGAAAGCAGGAAAUGUCCGGACUGGAACUGUAAAUAAAGGAAUGCAAAAAGCACAGUCUCCAUCAUCUCAGGGUAAAGUUGUACAAUCACUGUCGUCUCAACAGCCAAUUACAACACAGCAACAAAAAACUGUGGUUGUGACUAGUCCACAGGGGAACCAAACCAAGGUUUUUAUUAAUCAUAACAAUAUCGCAAGUUCACAACAGCCGAUUGUACAACUCAAGCAGCAAGUUGCCCAGCAAAAACAACAAUUCCAACAGAUUACUCUUCAGAAACAGAUUCAUCAACAACAACAUCAGCAGCAGCAAUUACAACAACAGCAACAACAACAACAACAACAGCAUCUCCAACAACAGAAACAACAUAUCAACUCACAAUUUAUCAAACAACAACAUCCAAUACAACCCCGUUUAGCACCGGCACCACCUUCACAAUCAUUCAUCUCGCAACAACCUGGUCAGAAUAUCAUUGUUAAAGUUACGGAACCUCUAAAAAGUCCACCCAAUGCAGUGUUUGUGACAACGGAACCUCGACAAAACAUGCAGCACACAGUCUGCCAGAAACCACAGUCUAACGUUGUGUGAUUGGCUAUUGCCAUGUUUAUCAAUAUUGCUCAAAUUUACUGCUGCAGCAGUAAUGCCAUGUCUCUGGUAAGUGAAGAAAUAGUUAAGCUCAAGGGGAAGUUGCAAUAUGAGGCUCUGUUGCUGCUUUGGAGAAAAAUUCUAACCACAUGGGGUUUACAUCAAACUUGCAAUGGUGAUUUUCACAAGCCAUCAACAGACACGUGCCACUAUGUGGCUAAAGGUACCUGUUUUGCUGUUGAUAUAUGGCAGAUAUGGUAGACAGUCUGGCGACUUGAGCAGUUUCUGACAUUAACUAGCCACUGGUGGUUGGUGUUGUGUGAGUAGUACUGGACGUAUGUGCUUUGUAGAAUUAUCCCACAGGUCACAGGUAUAACUUCUGCAGAUGUUUCUACAAAUUAUCUACAUAUGAAACUAGCAGUUAAAGCAUGAAAGAGAGAAAAAACCAUACAAACAAGAGUAACUGACGAAAAAAGUAUUUAUAAAUUAAAGUGAUGUAACAUAGUAUGUUUUCUUUAGGGAAUGUGUUAUUUAAAGAGUUUCUUCCAUUGCACCGCUGACAGUAACAGUACUCGGCAGUGAAAAUACUGGUAAAAUUUAAUAUGAGAAUAAUGCAUGUUAACCGUACAGAAUUUCCAUCGACAGACUUCCUUGAUCAAUCGGUUUUGAAAAUAUAUCUUUAAAAUACAGAUAUUUGCACCUUUUUUCCAAAAACAAUUUUUAACAAGUGGAUCAAAUAGUAGUUUCAAUGGUAUUAGGUAAUCUUCAAUGCUUGCUGCUAAGUGAACUGAAAGAAGUGUCAAUAAAUUCUAGUCACAAGUGUCACGAUUUAUUCAAUGAAUAGUCAAUCUCUUAUCAAAUGGUAUUAGAAAACACAGUUAAGUUUUGAUUUCUCUGUUUACUUACUGCAGUAAUCACUGGUUUGCCUCCAGUACAGUGUGUAAUUUCAUGCUCACCAUCUCAACAUUUCUGAUAAACUGCUUGGUACAACAUAGCAAAAGUCAAACAUGGUAAUUAUAAAUAUGGCCUUGGUUAAUGGAUGUUUUAAUGUGUUAUCACUGACUGUAUAUAUUUAGGAGUCUUGCAAAGUUUUGGUUAGCCCAUAAAGCAAGUCAAAAUACAACUGACGAAUACAAAUAUACAGUGAUACCACACAUUGAAAUGAUUAAUAAUAGUUCAAAGAUUUUAUUCACCAAAUCCUUGUUUUGAGUCAGUUUUGACACUUUCACAUGGUCUACAGAAGAACUGUUAAACUGGUCUCAUAGGGUACAAGUAUCAUAUGAUAUUAAUUUUUUGAAUCAAAUCUGCAUCAUUUGUACUGCAUGAGAAACCUUUUUGGGAUGAGAUUAAUAAUCUAUUUAACAAGCAAAGAACACUCAAAUUUGGUUAUAAAACAAUGCCAAGAGGGCAACCAGCAACAAUCAGUUUGAAUCAAAUGAACAUUUAAGACUGGAGGCAAACCAUGUAGUACUGUACCUGACUCUUAACCUUUCAUUCCUAAGAUUGAGAUACUGAUUCUCUUUACAUGUUUCAAUAGAUUUAACUUGAUACAAGUUAUGAGAAGUUGGCAGUAAAUCAAGAUGGAAUCCCAUGUUAACGAUUUUGAUUUUCUCAUUAGCUGUGUGUCUAUUGAAAUUCUACAAAGAAAUUUGUGAUCAAUCUUGGAAAUGGAAAGGUUAAACUGUCUCUUGAAAUUUGCACAGUAAUGUUAUUUUUGUUUGAUACAAUGCAGUCAUCUCCACUACCUCACAUGCCCAUAUUCAGGUGCAGUGCAUUCUCACUACAAUGCUCUUCAGCCAAAUUUGCAUCAAAGGAUGAAAUGCCUUUUCCUUUUUUUAAAAAAUGGGAAAGAGUAUUAAAGCAUACCAAACAUACUAUUUUUGCUGUGGGGUUUUGCGUCUCAUUGGCAUCUUACACUGUGAUUCACAAAAAUAUAAGGGUUUGUACCAGGAAACUCAAUUCUACUUGUUACAAGGGAUUCUAUUUCUGUAAUGCAGUGAAGCGGAAUUGAAAUUUGACUACAAUGAUCUAGACUAGAGGCUUAGUUCCACCUUCACUUUCUUUAGGGAUAUUCCUUCAAAUCCACAUAUACACAUUUGGUUAGUUUUUGUUGUCCUUUAACUAAAGGUAUUCAUUUGUAAGUCAUUGUUUGCCAUUAAAAGAAGUUUCUGUCUUUGAGUUUGCUGAGAGGAAUUUCUAUUAAUCUGAGCACCGACAGGCAACCACAUUCUGAUGGUACAAACGGGCUGGUGGCCUCAAAAGGUUACUUCAAUAUGACAAAAUGAGCUUUUCUUUGGGCCAAAAAGAAGUGGUUAAUAUAAAGAGAUUUACGGUAUUGUUACUGCACCACUAGGGUGGUGCACAGCCAGGUCAGGUGGUUGUGGGGAAGGGGGCAUGCAAUGCAAAGAAAGAAAUUCUUGUAUUUUUGUGAAUCAGGAUGUAUGGGAAGCAAUGCAAGGUGCAAACCAGUGAAUCAGUAAAUUCACCUUGCAAGUCGUUUGCAUCAGCAUGCACUAAGAAAAACUUAAAGAAAUUAAUUUAUUUUAGUUGUUUAAAUUUUCCAGAGUUGCAUUUUAUAAAUUGUGUAUUAUUUGUACAUGGACAGAACAGAACUUGCUAAUACUAAGCUAUAUUUUGUGGGGAAUCAAAACAAUGUAAGUUAUAUAGUAGAAAAAUUAUCCAAAAAAAUAAUUCUGUCUUGUGAAUGUCUAACAGUGUGAAAUGGGUAUGUUACGACCAAAACAAUCUUCUUUCUUGUGCAUUUGUGAUGAAUCCAGAUUUAACAAUGGUUAUAAUGUUGUGUCAAUGCAAAGCAUAUGAGACUUGAUUAUGUCAGGGUAAUUAUGCAGAAAACAAUGAUAUUUUUCAAACAUUUUUCUGCUGCUGUGAGAAUUCUCUAUUCCUGGGUUUGAGACCUUUAACCACAUCAAUAGUACAUAGAUGCAUAUCUUUACUUCGUUUAAAUGUCUUGGAGUAUGAAAAAUUUGAUCCAAUUUUUGGACCCAAGUCUACUACAAAUGUUAUUUCACCAAAACUGUACACUUACAUUUCAUUGCAUAUACUGUUCAGUUGAUUUUGGUCUGGGUCUUAUAAUUUGCUGCGUGCAUAAUUGUCAUUUCCAUAGUGGUUUUAAUUAUUCCACUAAAAUGUGAAUUUUGUCUGGAACAAGUUUCACUUGGGGGUGGCAUUCAGAAGCCAUCUUAAAAAAAUACUUUUUUGCAACCAUAUUUUUGGAGAACCGGCAGGAAUUUAAAUACAUAAACUUACAAUACAUUAGUUGUGCGAGUCUUUCCUAAAGAACUGGGUGAAAGCAAGAAAAUCUUAACCCUUAUAGUCCCAAGCAAGCUUAAAAUCUAAAUUCUCUCUAAUACAUUUGUCAUAUCUUAGUAUUGAGAAUUUGAAAGUUCAUCAUGACAGACUAUCAAAUCAUAGUUGAUGAAUUUCUGUAUUCUCCUCACCUGUCUGUGUUAUAAUAUAUAGACAUGGUAUGGAGAAAAUAGACAUUGAUGUUUCUUGGGACUUGAGGGGUUAUCCUCUGUAUUUUUUAAAGACAAUUCCCAUUCAAUGGUUCUACUGUGAGGUGAAAGUUGAUAUUAUACAAAUAUACAUUCCAAUGAUGGCUUGUAAAUUUAAUUACUGAAUAAUGAAAUAAUUAUCAUAUGUGACCUGAAUGCACUUUUGUCGGAAGACUUACACUAUAUCAAUUUUGUACCUAACUUUUGUAAAUAAAGUAUUUAUAUGUCAGAGAUCUACAGAAA